UAGCACUGCCCCCUGCUGGUCGGACGCUGAACUGUCACAGCGUCGACAUGUUUUUUAGUAAUAAAAAAAAGAGGGCAUUUUGAGCCUUUCGGCCCCCACUCAUUAUGCUCCCACUGCCUCGUCCCGCGUGAACAACCCACUCUCCCUUUUUAUUGGUGUCUGCUGUGCGCGGGGAUGGGCACAGUGCUGCUGGAGCGCGUACCACAACAAUGCCAGGAGAGGGUCUCCAUCAGGGAGAGGGAAUGGAAGAAGAAGGCGGUGUGGAGCAACAACAGGCCUAAUGUGGCCAGCAACAGAAUGGGUAGGAGGCAGUCACAAAGGAAGCCCCCGCCGCCUCAGUAUUCAUUCCCAACUCAAGAGAACAAGAAUGAAAAGAAGCAGCAGCAAAGAAGAAAGCACAAACCCAACAACCCCUCCACCAAACACAAAACUUCCCUGCACAGUGCUCUGGCAGCCUCAGAGUCAGAGUCAAAUCCACCUUCCCCUGGAGAGGACAGGAUGGAGCCGAAGGUGCAGCUGGCCACUCAGCGAAGCGGUCGUAGAGAACACAAGCACAGCAGUUACAGAGGGAGCAGACACACACCAGCCUUUCCCUGCCAUCGCCAGCCUGAGGCCAGUCCAGAUCUGCCUAAGAGUGGGUCUCCAAACUCAGAUGUAGGAGGUCUGAGAGGCCGUGGAGAGGGCGACAGUGACACUGACCUGUCUGAGUCUGAGAGACUUCCUGUGUCCCCUUCUCGUUGGGAUCCUCCACAGCUUGACCUGAGGCCAGAGGUCAUAGAGGAGGAAUCCUGCUUUUCUCGCAGCCAUAGACCAAGAGGACGCAGCAAUGGUGGGUUUGACUUCCCUGACUUCCUACCUCCACCUUUUAACUCCUGGAACCUCAGUCAGCUGGCUGUCUUCUACAACACAGAGGGCUGUGGGGACUCUCGCCCCAGAGCUGUGGGUCCUUUAGAGAGGUACCUGGAGAGGCUGCUGCAGCUGGAGUGGAGUCAGAUUCAGACUGUGCAGGAGGAGGGCGGGAAAUCGGCUGUGUCAGAUGUUACAUCUAGCUGCCACAGGUCGGCUGCUGCUGCCACGUCACGCCUCAGCUCUCCAAAGUGCAUCCUCCAGUGUCAGCGUGCCUUCCCCCUCACCUUCCUCUCCUCCUUGGCCAACCACUCUGCCCUGCUCUCUGGCUGUGCCUGCACUCUCUGCCGAAUCCGCUACUCUACCUCUUGUGGAACAUCGUGCUGUCGCUCCAUAUACGGCCACAACCGUCAGUCCAGGUUGAAUCCAAUGCUGGAGCACAAGGUGCCACCAUCGCUCCCUAAAAGGAGCUACAGCGAGAGCCGGGUGCACUCUUCAGAGAGGAACUCAGCACCCCGAUCUCAGCGGUUCAGCAGCCCUACAGGGACCAACAGCCACCUGAGAAGAAUGCAAGCCUCAGGAAACAUCCGCAACCCGACUCAAGGUGCUAACAUGAAGCCUCAUUCCACUGCCAGGGACUGCAGUGUUUGGGCCCCUUUCGGAGCUCUGUGGGAUGUGUGGGACUACGAGACAGGGGGGUUCAGGAAGAGGAGCGGCUCAGAGCAGAGAAGAAGUGGUGUAGAAAGAGCUCAAGGUGCAGCGGAGAAGAGACGGAGUGGUUCUGAGUGUAGGAGAGGAGGAUCUGAGUGCAGGAGAGCAGCUGGCCUGAGGGAGCAGGCGAUAAAACCAGACGCUGUCACUGCAAUAAAGGAUAAUCUCCCCGGGAAACAUGUUCCUCCAAACAGAUCAAACAGAACUAAACAGGUCGAGUUUGUUACAUGAGAGCAACUCCAGAGCUGUACAUGUAAUCACAACACCACAGGUAUUAUUUUUACAGUUUAGUUAGGAACGUAUAUCUUAAAAUGUUUCUCUUUAUUUGAACAAAGUGUUGCAGGAUUGUAGUUUUUCAUCAGAGGACUUAAUAUUUCACUGGAUGGUUUCUUACCUUAUUUACUUACACUAUAUGUGAAAUCCAAUGCUGUGAUUACAGACAGAUAAGCUAAUGCAGCAGUGAUUAUCCACACACUGGUAAUAUAUCAGUUUAAUGAAUGUAUAGAUAUUUAUAAUAAAGUCUUUUUGUCUUUUCUAGAAAGACGUUGUCACCAAAAGACUUUCUAAACAUAUUUGUAUUUGUAUGAUUUAUCACAACAACAGCUCUUUACUGUUCUUCUGUUCAGGUUUGUCAAAUAAAAAAAAAUGCAUGAUAAAGUUCAUGAAGUUUACAAAACGAUAGUGAUCAAUUGGAGUCAUCAGAGUUAUUGGAAAAGUGUGAGGAAGUUGAAAGGAGGACUAUUACCCUGUUGCUUCAUCAAUUUAUCACCAAGAUUUGAGAACAUAGAACCACAAGAACUAUUUUAUCACUUAAUGAGAACAACAGAAGUCAAACUUUUCUCCUGGAGUAAGACGUACAGUGGUGUUACAAGUGGGAUGUAAUAAGAGCUUUAAAUAGUUUAAAUUUAAAGUAAUAUUUUUUCCUGGAGCAAUACAGAACUUGAU